AUGAUGCGCUCAAAGCCCUCGUCUUCCAUGCAGAAGACGUAUGACGAGUGCUACUUGAUGUGCUCCACUGCCGUUUACUUUGAGGGCCAGAACAACGAGGCAGAGGCUCUUCGAUCGUGGCGCUCCGCUCUCGAAACUAUAUACUAUCACAAUGCCUAUCGCGUGCCUGCCAACUACAACCCUAAAUCUGAGACCGAAAAGGCACUGCAGGAAUCCCUUCGCCAGCUGGAGCUACAAUGCAAGGAACGAGUCGAUCUGCUAGAGGCAUUGCAGGAGAGUAGGAAGGAGUCCGAAGAGAACCCCGAGGAGAAUAAGGACUCGAAACAACAAACCCCCUCGCUGUCGUCGUUCUCGUCACGACAGCCAAAACUGGAGAAGGGGAAAAGACCGUCAAAUGGUGUUGGUGGGACGAAUAGCAGUACUCCCGGGUGGAUUGGGGACGGUACUAUACCGGCUGUUGAUUACAUGGAUUUGUCCAAGCCGCCUCCUUUGCCUGUGAGACCGGCAGUGGCUUCAAAAUUGUCCGCUCCUGCUGUUUCCGCCGGUACUAGUAUGCCGCCUCCUCGUCCUCUGUCUCUAGAGCGGAAGAUUAGUAGUGAGGCGGCUCGCCAGAAGGCAUCCCCGUCCCCGGUUCCGGGCUCGUCACCAAUUGUCAAGGAGCCCUCUCGUGGGUCGAGCCCUGAGAGGCGGAAGAUAAUGCUUACUACGCUUCGCCAGAAGAAAGACUCGAAGAAACCAAAGCCCAAGAGCCCUUCCAGCCGAACCACACGUCCCGCAGCUUCAAAGGCGGCAGGUCUGGCUUGGGGAACGACUGGGCAGGGAUUUUCUGGGGAUGGUUCAUCGGCAAACCCUCGCAAUAGUACAUCUAGCGAUUCCGAGCUGCGUAAAGACAAGGAGAAACCAAAAUCACGGCCAAACGAAGAAACAUCUAGACAACGGGAACGGAAGCCUGUGCCUGCUUCUGACUAUAUUCUCAGCUCGAACUGGCGGGAGCCACAAUAUCCAGACCAGAUUCAGUCGUCAGCUCCACCUGCAUACAGCCCGCAACCAACUGCUGGAAAUCUAGAUGCUGCAGCUGCGGCUGCAGCUCUAGCUCCAGCUCCAACAAUUGAUCCGACCUUUAAACCCCCAGUGUCAAGACAGACGAAGCCGCUCAUUCCCUCCAAAUACCCUGUAUAUCGUAAAGAAUACCUUUCCAACCCGCAUCCUUCUGGCAAACCUGUCGGUAUCAUGCCGAUGAAUCGAUCGGCCUCCGCGACCCAGACCCCAACACUAAGUGCAGCUGAGAAUGAAUCCCAGUCUCCGAAGAAAUCAAUGCCUAAAUCACAAUCAACACCCCGCAAAUUGAAUUCUGCUGUUGAAAAUACAGAAUCGACCUCGUCUGCAAGUGGAGACGAACCGACUCGUACUCAAAGGUCGGGUGCGAAUCUUGCCCGUGGAACUGCUGCGGGACGAAAGCCCAAAGCUGCUGUUCCUCCAAAACCAAGAGUCACGCCGCCUUCAAGUGACCAAGACUCGGCGGGAGAUAGCGCCUCUGAAACAGAAGGAGACAAGAGUUUCCGGGAUAUCAUCAAAAAGCUACCAAAAGGCAUCGAUGUUAAUGCAGCUCGACAGAUUCUGAAUGAUAUAGUUGUUAGAGGUGACGUGGUGCAUUGGGAUGACAUUGCUGGGUUAGAACCUGCUAAAAAGGCGCUUAAAGAGGCUGUCGUGUACCCUUUCCUCCGACCAGAUCUCUUCAUGGGUCUCCGAGAGCCUGCGAGAGGUAUGUUGUUGUUUGGCCCACCGGGUACUGGAAAGACGAUGCUUGCUCGCGCAGUAGCAACAGAGUCCAAAUCGACCUUCUUCUCUGUGUCAGCGUCUAGUCUGACAUCAAAAUGGCAUGGCGAAAGCGAGAAGCUCGUGCGCGCCUUAUUCGGACUUGCGAAAGCAUUAGCACCUUCUAUUAUCUUUGUUGACGAAAUCGAUUCUUUACUAUCCACUCGAUCAUCUGGUUCCGAACACGAGGCCUCGCGACGCUCAAAAACAGAGUUUCUAAUCCAAUGGUCUGAUCUUCAGCGUGCAGCAGCAGGACGAGAGCAAGACACCAGAAAGGACGGCGGCGAUCCUAGUCGUGUGCUAGUACUAGCAGCUACCAAUCUUCCCUGGGACAUCGACGAAGCCGCACGCCGCCGAUUUGUGCGGCGUCAAUACAUCCCUUUACCUGAGAACCACGUACGGGGGCAACAAAUCCGAAGACUUCUGAGUCACCAGAAGCAUGAAAUGACGGACGAAGAUAUCGAAGUACUAGUCAGAGUAACUGAAGGCUUCUCCGGCUCCGACAUCACCGCUCUUGCCAAAGACGCCGCCAUGGGCCCUCUACGUAAUCUAGGCGAAGCACUCCUGCACACACCUAUGGACCAGAUCCGGCCAAUUCGAUUCGAAGAUUUUGAAGCAAGUUUGUUCACUAUACGGCCAAGUGUGGGCAAGGAGGGGUUGAAAAGGUAUGAGGAUUGGGCGAAGGAGUAUGGAGAGAGGGGCGGUUGA